UCCAAUCGGCUUGUGCCAGAGUAAGCGACAGCAAACGGCUUUUCCCUUUUCUGUGCUUCUCUUUUUUACUUCAUCCCAUCUCCUUCCUUUUCUUACGUUCCUUUUGGCAACGCGCAAUUCAAAUUCGUCCUCCAAUUACCAUUUGGAUCCCCCGCGACGGACGCUGCCCGCUAACAGCGCCCGCCCCAGCUUAGCCGAGAUCUCGUCACAAGCCAACCACCACCGUCUCGCAUCCCCCAUCGCCGAGGACUCUGUAUCAGGGCAUUGUGUACCUUGCAACUCGCAGCCAUGGCAAUCCAGUCCAAGCUGUCCUUGCCCCAGUUCGACGGCAAGGUCAAGAAGAUUGUCCUCGAGUUGACGCAGCUCUACCUGUCAAACCGCACUCGCAUUUCUCGCGCCGUCUGGAUCACGCUCUUUGUGGCCCUCAUCAACCGAAUCCGCAAUGCAAUCUCGGAGCAAAAGGCUGCCUCUCAAAACUCGGCCGCGCGUAAGAGCGCCGUCCAGCCCGCCGCUGUCGGUCCCGAUGGCAAGCCGCUGCCUGUCAAGAAGAAGGUUGCGCUGGACCGCGAGUUCUUCCGCUCGCUGCUUAGAUUGCUCAAGAUUGUCGUACCGGGAUGGCGCAGCAACGAGACCAGACUGCUCAUAAGCCACAGCUUCUUCCUCGUUCUGCGUACCGUCAUCAGUCUUAAAGUUGCCGAGAUGGAUGGUGCCAUUGUCAAGGCGCUUGUCAAAGGCCACGGUAAAGAGUUCCUUAAGCGAAUCCUCUGGUGGAUGCUCAUUGCUGUACCUGCAACCUUUACAAACUCCAUGCUGUCAUAUCACCAAGCCGAGCUGUCGCUCAAGUACAGAACAAGAUUAACACAGUAUAUCCAUGACCAGUAUCUCUCAAAGCUUACAUUUUACGGAAUUUCCGCACUGGACGACCGUAUAAAGAACCCCGAUCAGCUCAUUGCGGUCGAUGUGUCGAAGUUCUCCAACAGUCUUGCUGAGCUCUACAGCAACUUGGCCAAACCUAUUCUCGAUAUGACCAUCUAUACAUAUUCCCUAUCCAACAGCGUUGGUGGCGAGGGUGUCGUCUUUAUGUCACUCCUCGUGCAGCUCUCGGCCAACGUCAUGCGCAUGUUGACUCCUCCCUUUGGCAAAUACGUUGCUGAUGAGGCCCGCCUGGAAGGUGAAUUCCGCUUCCAACACUCUCGCCUUAUUGACCAUGCCGAGGAGGUCGCUCUCUAUGCUGGACACAACGCCGAAAAGGAUACCCUCGACAAGGGCUACUUCACUCUCAUCAAGCACGUUAACUAUAUUCUUCGACGACGCUUCUAUCACGGUUUCAUGGAAGACUUUGUCAUUAAGUACUUCUGGGGUGCUCUGGGUCUUGUCCUUUGCAGUGUACCUGUCUUUGUUAAGCUCCCUGGCCAUAUUGCUAUGAACAUGGGCGACCGAACCGAGUCCUUCGUCACCAACCGACGCAUGCUUCUGUCAGCCUCUGACGCCUUUGGCCGUAUCAUGUUCUCUUACCGCGAAAUCAUGGAGUUGGCCGGAUACACCUCACGUGUCGCGUCCCUGCUAGACGUCAUGGACGACAUCCAGGCCGGCCACUUUGAGAAGAAGCUCGUAUCGUCCUCUGGAACAGAAGACAACGCCGCCGUCCUCAAGGGCCGCGGUACCGUACAUGAGAGCAAGGAUAUCACAUUUAUUGACGUACCAAUUGUCUCUCCCAACGGCGAUGUCCUCGUCAAAGCCCUCUCGUUCUCUCUCAAGUAUGGCGACCACUUGCUUGUUGUCGGUCCCAACGGUUGCGGAAAGUCCUCCCUCUUCCGUAUUCUUGGCGGUCUCUGGCCCGUUUACGGCGGAACGGUCUACAAGCCUCCAUUCAGUGCCAUCUUCUACAUUCCCCAGCGCCCAUACCUCUCGCGCGGCUCUCUCCGCCAGCAAAUUAUUUACCCCGAUUCUCUUCGACAGAUGCGAUACCGCGGAACUACGGACGCAGACCUCUUUGAGAUUCUCAAGAUUCUUGGCCUUGAACAUCUGGUAGAACUCUACGACGAAGGUUGGGAUGCCGAGGCUGAGUGGAGAGAUGUGCUCUCUGGUGGCCUCCAGCAACGUGUUGCCAUGGCCCGUCUCUUCUACCACCGUCCGCAAUACGCCAUCCUCGAUGAAUGCACCAGCAGUGUCACCCUUGAAACAGAAAAGGUCAUGUACGAUAACGCCAAGGCUCUCGGUAUCACUCUUAUGACUGUCAGCCAUCGUCGCAGUCUCUGGAAAUACCAUACCCACAUUCUGCAAUUCGACGGACAGGGCAACUUUGUCUUCACCAAGCUCGACGCUGAUAAGCGUCUGAAGCUCGAGGACGAAAAGGAGGAACUCGAGGUUAAGCUGCGCCAGGUACCUGAGCUAGAGAGGCGCAUGGCUGAAUUGACGGCAUAGGGUGGAGGAAGUUGAUGCUCCAUUAAACAGAGCGUGUAGUAGAACGGUGCGGCGUAGACUCCUUUUGUACAUGAAAAGCCACAAUGAUUUAUAGGCAAAUGUAUGAUAUAACUAUUUCUCUUCAAUGCCAUCAUCAUAAAAUGUGAAUACAAGAAGUAAAUGUUUGUAGGAGGCUCAAAGCGAAAUACAAUGUUUGUAGGUGUACUGCUUAUUAACUAUAUAUUUACAUGAAGAAUAAAGAAGAAACAAGACGACAGUAUAUGACUGUCUGUCUUUAUUCGCUAGACGUACAAUGCAGCAGUAUAUAUGCAUCAACACUAAAUGACUCAAAGUUCUCGGGUGCUGUCCAGAACACCGGCGCAAAAUAUUCGAACGACAAAUAAAAUAGUAGAGCCCGGGGGCGGAAAUACUGGUAGUUGCAAAAGAUUUUCGCAAGAAGGAAAGUAAAGUAAAGAGCUGUAGAAUCAUCUCAUCAAUGAAAAAGUAUCAUGAGAGAAGAAAUAGAAAUAAACAAAGAAAUGAAUAGGAAAGGUUGAGGGGCGGGAAAGGAGAGGUAUUUACUCUCUUUCUUCGUCAACGCUGCCCAUAAAGUUGGUCGACCGGCUGGGCUUCAACCCAAUCUUUAAUAAGCUCAGUCGCUUUCGCAUACUGCCCCCUCUCUUUAAAGGACUUGGUUCCUUGUCUAGCGAGGGGCGGCCAUCCUGCGAUGAUCUAUUAUCGAGACUGUCUCGACUGGGAGUGCUCUGCCGUCUGGCAUUAAGGAUAGGGCUGGUGACGGUUUCAGAGGCUGGCGACCAGAAGCGGUUUGGAGAAGACUUAUCCUUGCUUAGACUGCGCCUGUGCCCAUUAACAGCAUUGUUGGACAUUGGGCUUAAAGGAAAGUCUGCUGACGGGUCGUGGCUCUUCUUGCGACCACCUAAGAAGCUGAGGCGGGUGCCCUUCUGUUGGACAGUAACCUGACGUACUAUGGCAGCUUCUUCUCCCCUUCCAAGAGUUGCCGGUGAUGCUAUGCUGGUCCACGGGCUUUGGUUGAUGGAAGGUGAGCCUUUCCAUGCUGUUGAAGGCGUGGACAUAGCAGGCUGUGGUGACGGUGCAGGUGCAAACUGUGACACCUCUGGCGCAAAGCUAAUUUCAAAUUCU